AUGAUUAUUGUGAAAAUUUAUUCACCACCACCACACGUCGCGAACCUGACGGGCGAUUUUGUGUUCAGGUUCCUCUCNUUCCUCUCAAGGAACUCUUCAGAUUGUUUAGGUGAAUCAUACCACAUUGCAGAGAAACGAUUGUUUCAUUUAGAGCGUAAACUCAAAAAUAGUCCAUCACUUAAAACCAAAUAUCAAGAGUUCAUCCACGAAUAUGAGAACAUGGGUCACAUGACUGAGAUUCCUCGGCCAGCAUUCGGCUGUUACCUUCCACAUCAUGGGGUAGUUCGAGAGGCUAGCGAAACCACAAAGUUGCGUGUUGUAUUCGACGCAUCUUCAAAAACUGCAUCUGGCGUGUCGUUCAACGACAUACAACAUGUCGGACCGGUUGUUCAGGACGACUUGUUUUCAAUUCUAUUGCGGUACAGACAGCACAGGUUUGUAGUGUCGGCAGACGUGGAAAAAAUGUACCGUCAAAUACUAGUAGACCCUGAACAACGGCAUCUGCAACUCAUUUUGUGGCGAGACGAUCCGUCGAGUACUAUCAAAAUAUUCCAGUUAAACACUGUUACGUAUGGAACGGCAUCAGCACCGUUUCUUAGUACUCGAUGUUUACUACAACUGUCCGAGGAGUGUCAGGACCUUGGUGUGGCUCAGUUGAUCAGGGAGGACUUCUACGUGGAUGAUUUCCUUUCGGGAACCGACUCAGAAGACGAAUUGCUGAAAAUAGUUCACUCAGUUACUUCUAUUCUUGACUCAGCAUGUCUUCCAUUGCGUAAAUGGCGAACAAACGCACCUAGCAUCUUUCGAACUGAGUCGAACACAUCCCAACCUAAAACCUUUGACAUGUCUUCUUCUCAGGCCAGUGUUUUGGGCCUCAAAUGGAAUCCUUCUGAUGACAUUCUUCAGUUUUCUGUUGACAUGGAAUUAAAUCAGCCAGUCACUAAACGAACCAUCUUAUCUAAGUCAGCUAAACUUUUUGACCCUUUGGGUCUACUCAGUCCAUGCACAAUAAUUCCCAAAAUCAUUCUCCAGAAGCUGUGGCAGUCAAAACUGGAUUGGGACGAUCCUGUGGAUAAUUCAUUGCUCAAGGAAUGGAACACCUUCGCAGAAAAUUUAAAGUCUUUAACAGAACUUGCAAUUCCCAGAUGCACAAUCAUCUGCAAUCCAAUCAAAAUUGAGCUGCAUGCUUUCUCAGAUGCUUCACAAUUAGCCUAUGCAUCUUCAAUUUAUCUGAGAUCAAUCGAUGCAUCUGGUCACGUCUUGGUAAGGCUGUUAUGCGCUAAAACUAAGGUGGCUCCGCUCAAGGCAGCAACCAUUCCUCGGCUUGAGCUGUGUGGCGCUCUUCUGUCAGCACGCCUCAGUGCUAAGGUGCUGAAGGCACUUCGAUUACAAAGGCUUUGCACCUCGAAGUAG